AAACAGCAAAGAGCACAGUGCAUAGGGAAUCUAUGCACUAAAUACGAACUGCAGUUUUAUCUAAUAUUUAAAGAGGAUUACGAACCCCAAACAGACAUCACCUCUGUUUAUUAAGCUCGGUAGUUGUAAUCAAGAUAGUUGUUCAGCAUAUAGAGAAGGCAUUCAAUUUCCCGCGGUAAUGGCUGAAAAUUGCAUAACAACAAGAACAUAGCCGGACAGCAUUCUCUUCAAGUUUCUGAAAGGGUUCCAAUAAAUCUGUAACCAGCAAAAUAAAAUACUUUUGGGGUGGACAUUACGGAUCUACAUGAAAGGGUUAAAAAACCCGAACAACGACUUGGACUUACUUUGAGAAUUGUAGUGCUAUUAAAUCAACGGUGCAGCCCAAAACUUCUCUUAGGUCUAGCUGCAACUCCGGGACACGAUGGCGAAGAACAAAGGCAACGACUAUGAAAUCCCAUUAGAGAAGCAUGACACAGGAACGAGUACAGACGAAAAUGACGUUUCAACAGAAAUCGACACAAAGUUGAAUGAGGACUCGAAUAAGAAGAAUGGAAUUGCAAAAACAAUAGAUGAAAAGCAUGACACAGGGACGAGUAGCUACGAAAAUGCAGCUUUUGUAAAAGACAUAGAGACAGAUUUGGAUGAGGACUCGACUAAAAAGAAUGGAACAGCAAAAACCAUAGAUGACGAUACCUAUGCAAAGGUUAUAGACCCGCCUAAAAAGAGCAAUGGCGAUGCCACGGUCAUCGACCCGGACAAUGACGAUGAUGAUGAUUUACAGGCCCGACUGUGGAAGGGUAUCUACGUUUACACAGACAGUAUCACCAAGACACUCAGCGAGAACAAAACGAUGAUCAGGUACAUGGUGCUGAUCAUCCUCCUAAUGGGAUAUGCGGCCUUCCUCAUAUACGCCUGCAUCUACGACUUCGACGAGGCGUUCGUCAUUCUUAUCAUCACGGGCCUCGUCGUCUUUGUCUACGGCUACAUCCUGAUCAGAGACACUCAAGGAGAGAAGAUCUAUAAAAAGAUCAUGAUCCCGAUUGGAGAGAAGAUCGACAAGUCCUGGGUUUACAUCAAAUGGCCGUGCAUCCUGGCUGUAAUUGCCGGUAUAGGCGUUGCCCUCUACUUCCUUACCCGAGACACUCCUGAAAACCUCAUUUCUCUGGCAGGAUUGGCCUUCUUCUUACUCUUCAGUUACGUCUUUUCUAAAUAUCCAGCCCAGGUCAAGUGGAGGCCGGUCAUUUGGGGACUUGCCUUGCAGAUGUUGUUGGGGUUAUUUAUCCUCAGGACAUAUCCAGGCUUUGUUCUAUUCGAGUGGCUCAGUGAUGUAGUUUACGCGUUCCUCAAUUUCUCUGCCGCCGGCGCCAUCUUCCUAUUCGGUGAAAAUUACCAGGAACAUUACUUUGCAUUUGCGGUCCUUCCCAUCAUCAUCUAUUUUAGCGCUGUCAUCUCGGUGCUUUACUACUGGGGAGUGAUGCAGACUGUCAUCCAGAAAGUAGCCUGGUUGAUGCAACGUACUAUGAGGACAUCGGCUUCGGAAUCCCUCAAUGCUGCAGGCAACAUCUUCGUUGGCAUGACUGAGGCGCCUUUAUUGAUCAAGCCGUACCUGAAGGACAUGACGCGCUCUGAGAUCCACGCCGUCAUGACGGGUGGCUUCGCGACCGUCGCAGGAAGCACUCUUGGAGCAUACAUUCUCUACGGUAUCGAUGCGACCCAUCUCAUAACCGCCUCGGUGAUGUCUGCCCCCGCAGCUCUGGCGAUGUCGAAGCUCUUCUACCCCGAGACCGAGAAAUCGAAGCACCUCACCGAGGAGGACAUGGUGUUGGCUAAAGGGGACGAGCUAAACGUCAUUGAAGCAGCUGCUAACGGAGCAUCGCAAGCCAUUCCACUGGUCCUGAACGUCGCUGCAAACCUCAUAGCUUUUCUUUCUCUCCUGGCCCUCGUGAACGCUUUGCUUGGAUACUUCGGAGGACUCGUCGGUUACCCACAACUCACCUUCGAGUUUAUAUGCUCAUACGUGUUUGUACCAAUUGCCUUCAUCAUGGGGGUGGAGUGGGCAGACUGCAGGGUUGUAGCUGAACUUAUCGGAUUGAAAACAUUCGUCAAUGAAUUCUACGCCUAUGAGGUCCUUGGGAAGUACAUUGAGAACAGGACAACGGGCGCAGGACCUACGCUCUCGGUUCGAUCGGAAGUUAUUGCUACCUACGCCCUCUGUGGCUUUGCCAACAUAGGCUCUGUAGGCAUUGUACUAGGUGCUUUAGGACCUAUGGCGCCCUCAAGGAAGGGUGACUUAGCAGCAGUGGCAAUUCGAGCCCUAAUCGCUGGAACGGUCGCUUGCUUCAUGACUGCAUGCAUCGCAGGUAUCCUCUAUGUACCAGAAGACAUUCCCUUUAACAACUCCACAACAAGCAUCCCUCCUAUGACGACAGUGUAUUAAACUUAAGAAGGCUGUAGAUAAUUGUUGAAAUUCUAAUACUAUCGACAGUAUUAAUAGUCAAGUUUGUAUAGCACUUAAAACUACGUUUCUUUAAAGUACCUUACAAUGUAAUUUUUUAUUAUCACGGUCAUUCGAUUCAACUUUAUACUAUUCCGUUAAUAAUUUAGUAGUGCACAUGCUUCUCUUCCUGGUGAGCAUUACAGCCAGGUGCGAUUUUACAGGCGCUCAUAUGCCAAUCUAACCACAUUAGCGUUCGCAUUCUGCAGGAUACUGACCCAUUCAACACCUGGACAGAAGGAAUGUAGAUUUAAAAAAAUGUCUUGCUUAAGGGCAGACAUGCGGUGCAGGUGACCGAAUCCAUGACCUGCGCAUCUAAGAAUAUAAUAUUUCUGGUGAAAAGGGAGCCAGUAAAGACUAGUUGAUGCUUGAGCUGGAGAUGACGUGGUCUAUUGGGUACAACGCCGAACUGUGGAUCGCAUGGUUCGUGGUUCGAGUCCCGCCGCGGCCCUAAUGUCCUUUGGAAAGACAUUGAUCUACGUUUGCCACACUCCACCCAAGUGAGGUAUCUGGAAGGAAUCAAUUCCUUGACAUGUUAAAGCGCCAUAAUGGAAGCCAUGCUAAAGCCAGGGUAAUAUUCGUGGAGCGCCAUAUACGUACGAACCCACUAUUAUCAUCAUUAUUAAUGUGGGCUGCAUUAGGAUGAAUUUAUAUCAUAUAUUUCAAGGUUUACAAAGUUAUGUAUACAUACACUGGAAUCUACUCUAAACAUGACAAAUACACUCCUCCAAAUCAUUACUUAGAUUAAAUCUAGAAUUAUUAUGUAUAGAAUUCAUCACACUUGCAGUUGACAGAACAUGUUCUUGAUAGAAAGUUUUAUAUGUAAAUAAGAGACGGAAAUUUCUUUAUUAAAAAGCGUGUUUUUACUGUAGGACAUGAAAAAAUGUAAAUCAAGAGGAAAUGAUUAAAUUUUUAUCAAGCUUGUUAUCCCUUAAGGAAAUCUCCAGAAAUUAUAAUAUGCGGUCUUAUUAUUUGAAGUUGUAUAUUGUUGUAUAAUACUACCAGUAUCUAUCCAGAUGAUUCUACUGCCUAAUAUUUACCUAAAAGGUAAAUUUUUUGUGUUCUUUUACCCUCAAAAUAGUCUCGCAAAUGCAACGUUUAACUUGUCAUAUUGUUAUGUUUUUCAGUGGACUGAAGUGGACUUCAAUUCCACUACAUGUCAAAUAUCACAAUCUCUAUUAAACUAUGUCUCCUUCGAUGGUUACAUGUACAUGUUCCCCGCGAAAUGCACGAUUGUCUGAACAUUAGUUAGGCCUGCCAUUGUAUUCAGCCAUGUUUAGAUAUUUUUCUUCGUGUUGCGCUGCAACAAUAUACUAUAUACCACAGAGACUUUUCUUAUAUUGCAACAACUUUUUCAAGUCAAACACUGUCACUGUAGAAUGAUCAUGUAUGAAUAAAACUGAGAUAUAUGUAUUCCCAAGCAUUUGGAGAUCCAACCAGCACGACACUGCCCAGGCUGUACAGACAGAUUGAUACGUAUACGCAUGCUAUUUUAAGAUGUUUCAUUUACAGAAAGGCAUGGUAAAAGCGUAACCAUAACGGUUUUACCCUCAAAAAUCCAGUUGGAUUUACACAAUGUUUGAUGAAAAAAACACACGCACGUUUGUUUUGAUAGGUAAAAUGGAACAUACCAUGAGGUACACUUUUUAUCCGACUAGCGUGCAUAAUAGAAUACCAUCUAUCAAAACUUUAUUUUUCCCACAAUAUUUGGUAAGAUUUUACCCAACUUAUUUGAGGGUGUAAGAAUCAACAGUCUUUUAAUCUCCCAUGCUACUACAGGGAAUAUAGAAUUACAGUCAUUGUCAAGUGGUUAAAGUGGGAAAAAUGUCAUUAUGUCUGUUACUUCUCUAUAGUUUCUUUUAUCAAUUAUGCAACGCGAUGUGUUUUAUGCAAGAACGCCAUGCGAACAACUGUCAACUGCAUCAUUUUGUAUUGGUUUUUGGUGCACUUAUAUCCUGCAUAUUUCUUUAUUGUUCAACGAUAUGACCAUUAAAGUGUGACCAUUUCAUGAUUAUAUUUCAAGGGGUCGUGUGGUCAUGAAAAAAAAAGCUUUUAGAGAGGUUCUACACCUCAUUUCUUUCUUUUUCAUUUUGUUGUUCUCAUAUUCCAUUUUUGUUUAAAUAUGUGUAUAUUUCUUUUCAUAUAGCAAUGAAUGUCCACAAUAUAUAAAUGAUUAUAUUUGUCCAACAUGAAACAGCAAAAGAGCUACGAAUGCAAAGAAUAUUAAAUUUCAAUUGUUAAUAAAGUUAUACUUAUAUACUUA